UUGGGUCACGUCUUGCUACAGUCCUCCAGCGGGCCGGGCUGCUUGUGGGUCGGUGAGGGUGGGACAGAACGCCUUCCCCUGCGGCCUAGCGGCGCCGGAAAAAAACCUCGGUGGCCACUUGGGCCGAGUGCCCGACAGGGCCUCGGGCGCCUCGCCUCGGGCCGGUUCCGGGUGUCUGGUCAGUCGCAGGGCGUUUGGAGAUGGGAUUCUUGGGUCUUGUACUUAAGCUUUGAAAAAUGGGAGACGGCACAGUUUUGCUUUUCCUGGAGACAAGGUCAGUUCCAAGGUCUUUAUUCUGGGGUACUGGAAAAGAGCCAGAACUUUGGAGUCGGGUUGCCUGGUGGAUUUUGGCCUGUGCUAUUUUGUGACUUUUUCCCAGUCCCUUAACUUUUCUAUGUUUUGCUAUUUUAGGGGAUAAUGAUACCGCCUAACUUACUGGAUUGCUGUGAGGAGUGAAUGGCUUCAUUUGUGCAAGGUGCUUAAAAUAGUACCAGGCACGGGGUAAUCUGCAGCGUAAAGAUUGCUUUUAUUAUUGCUGUCGCUCUUUCUAACUAGGACAGCACUUUCGCCUCGAUGACUAGCCUUGGUACUGGCUGUUGCCUUUUGAAUUUUAGUGCUAUUUACCAGUUCUCUUUGUAAUGGGUAAUUUCUGUAUUUUAGGAAGGAAAAUAAAACAUUCUGGAGAAGAGCCUAUCCCAAAGGAAAGAUGAGAAGUGGUUUGUGUAGUGUGUUGUGAUGUUCAGACUCACAGAGUUUUACAGUCUUGGGGAUGCCAUUUUUUUUAGGGGGAGGAGGAGCUUGGGAAACAGAAGGAGCAGCAAGAGGUAUCUAACAGUGAAGAGACUAAGGACCCUGGUGUAAGCUGACAUUCCUGUUUUGCAACCUGCCAGCUUUCUGGCCCUCAGCAAGAAUCCUCACCUGCAUAAGGAUCCCAUGGAUGGAUGAUCGAUGUGACUGAUAGUUAGACAGAUUGGUGACAGAUUAGAGGUAGAUAGAUUUGAAACUGAGUCAUACUAACACUUUGUUCUUGUUGCAGGUUUUUAAGGCUAAUGUUGACCAUAUAUCGUUUACCAUUGUCAUUGAAUUGAUGUCUCUUGCAAUCUUUUAUAAUCCUUUUAUCUGCCUCCUUUUCUUGGAGAAUUUGGGGUUUUUAACAUUCUUGAAACCUACAGGAAUCCCUGUAGCAUUCUUUUUUCUAUUUGUAACUUAACAAAAAAAAAACCUAAAAACCUUGUCUUUGGUUUGCUUAUUUGGCAAACUCUUCCCCUUUGUAAACAGUCCUGAUCCUGUACCUUUGAACUCUGCCCAGUUGGGCUGAGACUUCAGAUAGGACAGGCGAUGAAACCCUUUCAAUCUUGGGUUUACUCUUACCUCCCUUGACCCCAACAUAAUGUUUUGGACUGUAUUUAGGAAAGAAAAAAUAGGAUUUUGUUUAAUGUUUAGCAUUAUAUUGAAAAAGGUUUAAAUAUAAGUUGGCGAAAAACUUCAACUCGACUGCAGCAGUCAACCCAUCAUUCAGCAGUUUUACUUAAUUUCAUUCGCAUUUUUCCUGGCUUUCCCAUUUCCUUCACUUUCCUCUUCUCACCAUCUGUCCUUCCCUGCCUCCCUUUUCCUUUUUCUCCUCUCCCUCCCAUCUUCCUUUCAUUCAUUUUACAACAGACUGGAGGCCAAGACAUCAGAGCCAUCUGCAAGCAUGUCAUUGCUAAGAUAGGAACUUUCAUUUAGCCACACUGUCACAAUAAACAGAAUUGACAGCAAUUCCUUAACACUGUGUUCAUGUUUUCCUGAUCGACCCACAAAUACCUUUUUACAGUUUGGGGAUGUUUAAAUUACAUAGUUUGUACUGAAUUGCUGUCUCUUCUAAUCUAUGCUGGUCUGCCUUUCCUUUGCUUCCUCUUUAAAAUACUAUCUAUUUAUGGGAAAAUGGGUUUUUAAUAUUCUCAUAUCAAUUGCUUUAUUCUACUGAUACUUAAAAAAAAAAUCUCUUUAGCUUCUUAGUUCUCACCCUUUGCUAUACUUUGGAUUACACAGUAAGUUCUCAAAUACUGAGGCCUGUAGCUCACCCCCAGAGGCUGGUUCAGUUGACCUUAUCUGCACAACUAUUAUAGGCUUUAAAAGCUUUCCAGUGAGUCUGUUGUGUAGCAAAGCUUUAAUAAUUUUAAUUUUCUCUUGUGUUUUUACCUGUACUUGAGUUCUUGGAUCUAAAGUAUGAUUAAAUUAUGUUUGCUUGAGAAAAACUUAGAGUAUCCCAGAUCUCUUGUGACAGCUAAUUAGGAGGAAGGUUUUUUUUUUUUUUUUUUGGUUUGUUUUUUUCUAACAGUUGAUGUGAUGUUCAUCCAGAUAUGAUGGUUCACACCAGUAAUCUCAGCUCUUGGGAAGUUGAGUCAGGAAGAUUGCCCUGAGUUCAAGGACACCAUGGGCUAUGUGGUGAACCCAGGGCCAUCCGGGACUGGGGUGAGACCCUGUCUUAUAAAACCAAAAGAAAAAGCACAAUUAAGUCCAGGGUCCUUAGCUUCCAUCUGUCAUCUAUGCUGUCCCUGGAACUGGAGAAAACUGGAGUGAGAGGUAGAAAUUGAAAUGGGAACAGACUUAGCUGCUCCAGUCUUCCUCGCUCUGGUCUUGCUCCAGCGGGUGAUGAGGAGCGCUCUGAGAGUACUCACUGAACUUUGCAGGCAGAUCUAGCCUAGUCCCUCCCACUCCUUCUAGACAAAGGAAUCAGAUCUUCCAUCCCUUUUAGGAAUCCCAGGUCUCACAGUUUCUGAGAAGCUGUGAAAACCUUGAGGCACUGACUGGUUAAUAUGUGACAUUUCCAAGGUCUGAUAGUGGGUAGAGGAAGGGCCUCCAUAAAUGUCUUAUUCUAGUGCCCAUAUUCUAAGUCAGGUGGGGUACUCAUCCAGUCUUCUUUGACAUGAAUUAUGCCAACUUUAUCUCCCUUGUGAAGCCCACUGGACAGCCACUGAAUGCCCAUUUAACACAGAUUUGAGGUUACACAGUGAAGGAAAAGGAGGGGUGCCUCCCUUUACUCAAUCUGCAUGUGCACAUCUGCCUAUCCAUCUGCUAUCUGUUGUUCAACUCUGGGAAACAAACAUGCCUGCUGGUGUGCUAUGGAGGCAGCCUGUGUCCUUACCUCCUUAACCUCCGGUUUCUAAGUUUCCUGUAAGCUUAGAAUACGGAGAUGAAUCAGCACAUUUUCUAGUUUUGAAGUCUACAGUGUGUGUGGUAUGUUUGUUCAAAUGUUUGUGUGCUUGUACAUACUGGUACAUGCACACACGUUUGCACAUGGAAGCCAGACACCAGUAUUGAAUGUCUUCCUCUAUUGUUCUCCACCUUUAUCUAUUUAUGUUUCUGAGACAGGUCUCUCACUAAACCUAAAGCUCACCAGUUGGGCAAGAGUUGGCCAUUCAAUCUAGGGAUACUCUGUUCUGUACAUUCCCGCUGCUAGAAUUACAGGUCCACUGAAACUUGGCUGCCCUAGUCUCAAUUUCUCUCUCCAGAGGUAUGAGGUGUUCAGACCCAUUUCCAGAACAUCCUUUGGAGAGCUUAUUGUAGGGUUCAGAUUUCCUAAUUACUCUAGCAAAAAUACCUAGCAAUAUAACUUAAAAAAGGGUUUAUUUGACGAUACUGUCUACCAUAGCGGGGAAAUCAGAGUCGAAAGUUGGGGUGGUGGGUCACAUUCUGUCAUCAGAAAGCAGAGAGAGAGCUGGAUGCCAGUGCUCUACUUUCUACUUUUUAUUCAGUCUAGGAUCUUAGCCCAUGGAGUGGUACUGCCUGUAUACACAGUAAGUCUUCUUACCUCAGUUAAAGUUUUCUAAAAAUGCCCUCCAAGUUUCCUAAGUGAUCCUAAACCCUGUCAUGUUAACAAGAUUAACUUGUCAUAAUUAAAUGUAUCACUUAAAUAUAACAUAUUAACCCUGGCCCCCAUGGUCACAUUCAUCUCAUAAGGUAAAAUGUGUUUUAGUCUGUCUCCAAAUAUCCAUGUAGUAUUUACCAGUCCCAACACUAUUCAGAAUGUAAGUGCAGAGUUUUUUCUGAAACUCAGGCAAUCUCUAUAACUGUGAGUUCCUGUAAAAUAAUAUAAGUAAUGUACUUCUUAUGUACACGGGCUCAAAGUAAACAUUCCUAUUCCAAACAUAAGGAACAGGAACAUAGCAGGGCAAGAUUGGACUAAAGCAAGACCAGGAGGAAAACACCAAAUCCUGCAUGCCUCGGGCUCGUGAUGCAGUCACCUGGGCUUAACAACUCUGGGCAGCUCUGCCUCUCCAGCUCUGUUGUCUACAGCACAUGACCUCUCUCGUUCCAGCUCUCCUCUGUGCCUUGGCUUUUCUCAGCGGAUGUCCCAUGAUCCUAGCAUCUAUAUUUUGGAAUCUCCAUUGCAGUGUAGGCUUUAUAUUCCCAGCUUCAUGCAACGACCUUCUUAUGGGGAAUCUGACCCCAGCACACAGCCUAGUGAAGGGUCUUUCUGGAAUUGUGCAAGCCUCCUUGAUUCCUUUACUUUUAUAUCUUUCAUGCUUGCAAAGCCAGUACUACUUGGAUGAUUCUUUCAAGUAUUGCUUGUUUGAAAUGUAGCUUGAUUCCUUUAUACCACUGUUAUAGUGGUCUCCACAUGCCUUUGAGGCUGACCCAGGGGGACAUGCUUCCAUAGGCUGCCAUUUUGAAUCAGUAAACUCUUAUGGUGAUGUUCUCAGUUUCGGUUCUCCCUUUUAAAUGAAUUUCACAAAUUAGGAUUCUGAAUGGAUGUGUAGGGUCUUGCCCUCCGAGAGCUUUUCCUAUUUCCCAGAUGUAGAACACAAGAUGUAUCUUUCACAAUACUCGUGUGACAGCUGCAGAAGCUUUACCCGCCUGCACCUCAUAGUUUCAUUACACUGGACACUCGCCUUUCCUGAACAGACCACAGUUUGCCUAGAUUUCUGGUCUCUCUACUUACUGAUCUGAGUAAGUGAGCACUAGUCAUGCCACAGCCUGCAUGCUAGCCUAGUUGGAAGUUCUUCUGCCAAAUAAAUUAGUCUGCUAUUUUUUAAUUCAGUCUUAUGGCAUGGACUGAAUGCAGCCAGAUUCUUUGUAAACAUAAAGAGAUUCCUGUUCCUGAAAGGGUCUGUAUUCCACUCUGAAACUCCGUCAGCUAGGCUUCCACUGCUCACAUUUCUGGAAUUGCACACUCUCACCAGAAUGGCCUAUUAAACUUCAGUUAUGUCCAUUUAGGGCUUGGGUAAGAAACACGUAAUCAAGUUUAUCACGGCCUCUCUUCUCUGGUCUAGUUAAGUUAGGUACUUCCUUAUUGCUGUGACAAACUGCCCAACAGGGUUUCCUUUGGUUGACAGUUUGAGGGUACAGUCCAACAAGGAGGCAGCUGCUCACAUCUGUCUGUAGUGAGGAAGCAGAGAGAUGAAUGCUGCUGUUUCAUGUGUUAGCUCCUUUUUGUGUGAGGCUGGAGCACGUGGAAUGAUGCCACCCGCAGUCACGUGGAUCUUCAGACUCAAGUUUAACCUCUCCGGAACACCCUCACAGACAUGCCUAGUUGAUUCUAAGUCCCCCAGAAUGGAAACCUACAGAGACAUUUGAACAUGGGGAUCUCCCCAGCUGCUCCUUGGCAGGUUCCCUGGGGUCCUGGGCAUAAGAGGAGGGGAGCAUUUGCAACUCCAAGUGGCUCAUAGUCCUCUCCACCUCUCAGUAGUCUCUUGCAGAAAUACAGCUCACAGCUGCAGUGAAACGGGAGAACUACUUGGCUCGGGAUGGCUAGAGAAUCAAGGGAAAGCACAGCCCUGGACUCACACUCUGCAGAGGACCAGAUGGAGUUACUGGUCAUAAAGGUGGAACAGGAAGAGACCUCCCCGUUGGCAGAGGAGGCCAGUUGGCUGGGCAGCCCUGGGCCAGACCGCUCCCGCCAGCGCUUCCGCGCUUUCCGCUACCCAGAGGCUGCUGGACCCCGGCAGGCUCUUAGCCGGCUCCGAGAGCUCUGCAGACAGUGGCUGCGGCCAGAUAUGCACAGCAAAGAGCAGAUUCUGGAGCUGCUGGUGCUGGAGCAGUUCCUGACCAUCCUGCCAGGGGAGCUGCAGGCCUGGGUGCGCGAGCAGCACCCCGACAGCGGGGAGGAGGUGGUGGCCCUGUUGGAGUACUUGGAGAGGCAGCUGGACGAGACGCCUCCACAGGUUCCAGAUGAUGACGAUGGGCAGGAAAUCCUUUGUUCCAAGGCAGUACUGUUGACAUCAGCUCAGGACUCAGAGAGUAGCCAGAUGGAGCCCAUGGAGCCUCUGCUUAAGCAGGAGUCUUUGGGAUCCCUGCCCUCAGAAGUCAGAGUCACCCAGGGGGGCCACUGUGAAGAAGAUGGAGUGGCAGCUCCCAGACUCACUUCCGAGUUGCAGGGGUUGCUAAAAAUGGAAGAUGUAGCUCCAGCCCUUUCUCCCAGAUGGACUGAACAGGAUUCAUCUCAGAUGAACCUCUACAAAGAUGACAUGCAGGAAAACCCUGGCAGCCUGGUUUCCCUAGAUCAGGACAUGCAGACUAAGAUUAGGGACUUGGCUCCAGCUGAGGAGUACACAGAACAAAAGCCCGAGCAGACGCUGUGCUACUUGGGUGAAGACACUGUUCAGAUCCCUGCCAGUGCAGAAGCCAGUGAGCAGGAAGGCAAGGUACAGACAACACAGAAAACCGCCACUGGAAAUCGGCGGUUCUAUUGCCGUGAAUGUGGAAAGAGUUUUGCUCAGAGUUCAGGCUUAAGUAAACACAAAAGAAUCCACACUGGAUUGAAACCCUAUGAAUGUGAGGAGUGUGGCAAAGCCUUCAUUGGAAGCUCAGCUCUCAUCAUUCAUCAGCGGGUUCACACUGGUGAGAAGCCAUACGAGUGUGAAGAAUGUGGCAAGGCCUUCAGUCACAGCUCAGAUCUCAUCAAGCACCAGAGAACCCACACCGGGGAAAAGCCCUACGAGUGUGAUGACUGUGGGAAGACCUUCACCCAGAGCUGCAGCCUCCUUGAGCAUCACAGAAUUCACACCGGGGAGAAGCCGUACCAGUGCAAUAUGUGUCCCAAAGCCUUUAGGCGUAGCUCACAUCUCCUGAGACACCAGAGGACCCAUACUGGGGAUAAAGAUUUUUUUGUUCCAGAACCUUACUGGGAAAGUCAUAGUAGGGUGGAAAGCCAUUGGGAAAAUAUUGAAACUCCUGUGUCUUAUCAAUGCAAUGAUUGUGCGAGAAGCUUCAGUAGGAUUACAAGCCUUAUUGAACACCAAAAAGUACACACUGGCGAAAAACCCUUUGAGUGCAAAACAUGUGGAAAAGGCUUCACCCGACCUUCGUACCUUAUUCAACAUCAGAGAAGACACACAGGGAAGAAACCUGUCACAGUGACCCCCGCUGUACAUUCCGAAGUUGGUGUUCAACUGUCAUUGAACUGAAGUCACCCUUGAGCCCUUAUGACUGCAAAAGUCAUAGCCUGGCGCUCUAUCUAAUAAUGCACAUCCUUAGAUAUUAGGGAUCUGGCUGAGACUCAUUAUCUUCUACAUGCUAGAAGGUAACUAGAGGAAAACAAAAAAUUUAUUUCAUAGGAGGUUAUGAGAAAGAGUUGUCUGUAAGAGUUCUCACCCAUUGGAAUCAAAUGGGCUUCCUGACUGGCAAAUUGCCUUCCCUUGACCUGCAUCUCAGGUCUCCUGAGGGACACUUAUGCUUUGGGGGUGUUACUCUGACCCUUUGUUAGGCUAAUGGGCCCUUCACAAGUGGUCAGACUUGGAAAUCGUAUGUCCUGCUUUGUGCCUUGUAUACAGGUGCUAACUCAUAGAGACUUAUUAAAUAUACUGGUGAGGUUUCCUGCAUAGCUCUGAAAACCCAUUAUUAUCUGGAAAUUUUCACCAAGGCCAUUUGUAUAUCUUAAAAAACAAACAGGAUGUUUUAGAUUGAGUCAAUGUAGUACUGCCUUGUUUUUAUUUUUGCUUUUGUUUUUUUGCCAAGUUCCCUGACUUGGCAGGGGAGGGGUGAAGGUGAGGUUAUUAUGCUAGAAUCCUUUAAUUCUUUACCUAAUUUAGGAAUUCUGUGAGAGUGCCUUAAGCAGCUUCUUUAGCAUUAAGUCAUUGUGAAUGUGCCACCCAUGGAAUUCCAGUAAUUUUUUUUUUCUGUUAAUUUUGUUACUCUUGGGAGGAAAAAAAAAAAAACCUUUCCUACUCUUGUAGUGUGAAAACUAGUUCCAGAAUAAAGUGAUCAAUGUCUAA